UUUGAGACGUUAGACAGUGACAUUCAACAUAUUAGCUUUGCUUGUAUUUAUAAUAUAUUGUGUUUUUUUCUUAAAUUAAAAGAAUCUGCAUCUGUAAAAGUAAAUUAUAAUGAUUGAUGAAGACAAUAAAACACUUUGGUGUGGAAAUUUACCAGAACAAGUGACGGAAGAACUGCUUUAUGAGCUGUUUCUACAGGCAGGACCAUUAGAAAAAGUGAGGAUACCAAGAGAAAGAGAUGGUCGUCAGAAGAAUUUCGCAUUUAUAACCUAUUGUCACGAAGUGUCUGUGCCCUACGCUAUGAACUUAUUUCGCGGAACCUCGUUGUUUCAUAGAACUCUAACGCUACAAUGUCGAGGACGAAUGGCACUGCUACCGCCGCCCAUACGUUGUUAUGGGCCUGAUCCAUCCCUAGACUUUGUUUCCCAGAGUAAUGUCAUAAAAGUUUUUGCUGAAAUGACUGAGAAAUUACGGGAAGAAGAAAACAGAAACGUUUUUGCCCUUAGACACGUCCAUGAUUUAAAUGACAAGUUAGUACAAGCUAGUUUGCAGGGCAACUGGAGCCACAGGCACCAUCCAUACAGGCCAGACAAGAACCAUGCACGGGGAAACAGAGACAGCCACAAUGACAGAAAUAGAGACAAUCACAAUGAUAACUACCAUGGUAACAGUCGCAAUAAUUAUGGUAGUAAUAACUGGAGGGACAGAAGGAAUCAAAAGAAAGGCAAUUACCACAGGAGAGACUGAUUAUAGUGCAUUUACCUGAAAUUUUUGUUGAACAAAUGGGCUUAAUACAUUUAUUUUUCUUCUUUUUUGUCGUGGGGGACUUAACAACAGGAGUAGUCUUUAAGAGCUUACCCCUAUGCCGGAAACAUCGACCAAUGGUCCUAUGUAUUGUAUGGAGUGAUGUUUAUCUGACAUUACAUGAUACAGACCAGGUAUCUCCAGUUGUUAAAACCUCCAAGUUUUUUGUGGUAAUCAAAAAGUAAAUAUUACAGGAUAAUGAUUCAUUUGAUGAUGAACAAUGCCAUGCUAUCUUAAGUAUAUUGCCUUAUUCUGAUUUUAUUAAGGUAGGAAAUCAAGUUGAUUAAAACUGUCUGUCUAUCGCAAACUAGCUAAAGUUUGUCUUAGCUAACUCUGCAUUGACUUUGAUGUGUCAAAAUGCCAUUAUCAACAUAUUUUAAUUGUAAAUUGACAUUUAUAGUGACACUUUCACACCUUGUCUGUGCAUAAAUAACUUCAGUUAGCUUUGUCUGACUAUAGUAUUAGGCAAACUGUGUUUUUGUUGAACUGAUUUGUGUAGAACAUUACUCUACAUUAACUAAUAUACAUGCAAAAAACAAACUGCUCUUCAGUCAAAUUAUAGUAAGUCUUUAUUAUUCUUCAGUAGUUCCAUUCAUGUAUAUCAUAUGUCAUCACAAUCGUUUAAUAUAAUGCCAUGAUAAUCUAAAAAAUUGGUCACACUUGCCUGAAAUUAAUAGAAAAUAAUAAUUGUAAAUUACAUGAUCCUGACACCUGGAGGCCUUUAUAAGGACCAAAUAACCCAAAAAUAAAAAAAGUGCAGAAAUUUGUAUAAUUGCCAUUCUGUGAGAUGCUGAAAGUAAAAGUAUUAUUUCGGGAAUAUUUUUUUAAAAUAAAUAGUGUUUACAUUAUGUAUUGUUCAAGUAUGACUUAUGUCAAUUAAAUUAAUAUUAAUGGUAAAUAAUUGAUUGCUAACUGUACAUAUUCUAUGAAGGUUGUUUGGUCACUAUUAUUUCUUAUAUUGUAUGAACUUAAGUCUUUUACAUACAAUGAUGCAUACCUUACUGCUCUGGACUCCUUUAUAAAGAACUAAACUAACACAUUGAGUACUGGGAAUCCGCGGGUUCUCUGUUCGUAGUCGCUUUCCUCUACAAAGCGGGAAAACACUGGGAUCGGCUACGAAUGUGUUAAAAACCAACAUAUUCAAUGGAUUUACCUAAAUACCCGAAAAAACAUUUUCUAAUUCUAGCUGAAGAAUUAUAAAUCUAAUAAGAGUUAAGUUUUUUUCAAGAAGCAAUGGCACAGUCUAUUCAGUACUUCAUUAACCUUUAUAAUUACCUAAACCAAUACUCCACUUUCAAAUCAAAUAUAGCAUGUCAGUUAACUUAACACCCUUAAAGUAUUGUUUAUUAAUUUAAAAAAACGUUCUUAGUAAUAAUUUGUUCAACAUGUAAACCUCAAAGGAGUCAAUAAAUAACUUACAAUUGCUCUA